GUCGACGGUAAACAAACCCUCCCUCUCGCCGUUCCCUCUCGCGCCCCGUCCCCAAGGCGAACGUCCUCGUUUCUUGCGAUGUUGGGCAAGCUCGGAAGGGGCAGUAACUUUUCCGGUAAGAGGGCCCCCUCUAUGCCCGUGCAACUUCACCGGACUGGCGAGACCGGUGGCACACGAAACCCGAUCGGAGCGCCUGCGCCGGCGCGGGUCCGCCCCGGUCCUCAAACUGUGGCAGGCGCAGUGCCAGGGCGAGAGGAGACCUUCUCCCUGGAGCCGGGAGAGCUCGACUUCGGCGCCAUCAUUCGGCUUACGCCUGACAUCAUCGAGGAGAUCAGGCGUCUUGAGGCGCAGGGAGGGUCUGCGAAGAUCAAAUUCGAUGCAAACGCGAACAACGCUGCUGGAAACGUUGUUGAAGUUGGUGGGAAGGAGUUCAGGUUUACAUGGUCACAAGAGCUUCCUGGCCUAUGUGAUAUUUAUGAGGAGCGUAGAAAUGGGGAUGAUGGUGAUGGAUUGCUUGUUGAGUGUGGUGCUGCAUGGAGAAAGUUGAAUGUACAACGAAUUUUGGAUGAGUCUACAAAAAACCAUGUGAAAAUGCGGUCUGAGGAGGCUAAGCGAGUCAAUAAUUCUCGAAAGGCUAUUGUGUUAGAUCCAACAAAUCCUUCUGUGAAGAGUCAGGCAAAAUCUAUGGCUGCAGCUGCAGUUGAAGGUAACAUGCGGGGAAUGGGUUGGAAGCACAAGAAGGAAAUGUUAUUCAAGAAACCUAAAGUUGAGAACAAGCAAGGAGUGGCAGCAGUAUCUCAAACUAAGUCAGUUUCCAAAUCAGCUAUAGUUUCAAAUGGUAACUUCAAAGGCAUUCCAUCACCCAUACCAUCUCCUCAGCAGCCCCGGCCACGAGCCCUACUGUCUACUUCCGGAACUGGUAAUGCACUAAGAGGUGAUAUGAACACUGGAGAAAUCAAUCCCACCUUAAAUAUAAAUAAAGAGGAAAUUGAAGUUCUUGAAAGAGAAGUGCUUACUAGAGUUUCCCGUGGAUCCAUGCAAGACAUAAAUGGGCAUGAGGGGGGACAGACUGACCCCUCAAUUGAUUUGAGAAGCAUGUUGAUAACAUUGCUCACACAAAAUCCGAAGGGGAUGAGUUUGAAGGCAUUGGAAAAAGCGGUUGGAGAAAGGUUUCCCAACUCUGUGAAAAGGAUUGAGAUUGUACUGAAAACUAUUGCCAUUUUCCAAGCACCAGGAAGGUAUUUCUUAAAACAAGGAGGACAAGUAGAAAGCUCUAAAAAAUGUUCUGAAGGUGGAAGUUCUCCAGAAUGCUUAAACAAGCAAACCACUAGAGCUGCUUCAGUAUUGUCCGAGAAAGCCAAUGAUGAAAGUUUGGAUCAAGAAACUCUAAGCUCAAAGCAUGGAGAAGGACCCGAUCUCUUCGAGGGGAUUGAUAGAAUGCAUGAUUCUGAAGAUCCAUUAGAUAUAGAAGGGGAGAUCAGAGGCAGUAGCGUGGUAAGAGCCAGCAGCUCUAGUGAAAGUGCGAGUGACAGUGACAGUGAAAGUGAUAGCAGUAGUGAGAGUGGCAGUGGAAGUAAAAGCGGAAGCCCUGCAGGAAGUGGCAGUGCAAGUAGCAGCGAUAGUGAGACUAAUGGCUCCUCCAGCAGCAAGGAGGUAUCUGACAUGGAUGUAGAUAUCAUGACCAGUGAUGAUGACAAGGGGGUUGCUGCACAAAGAAUGGAUGCAACCAUGUCAACUUUAUCAAAGUUGCCUGGUGUUUGGACAUCUGGUGGUGAAUAUGACAUAAACGACAGCGUUGAAAGUGAUCAAAAGGCAAAUGCUGCAUCUCCCGCCCUAGAUUUUGUAGGUACGGACGAAAGAGUGAACUCUGUUUCAGAUGCUAAAAAUCUCAUUAUUGGUAGAAGCACCAAGUCAAUUGAGAAGCAGGAAGCAAAAACUGUUGAAAGCAUUGAUUCUUAUAUGCAGCAAUCAAAGUCUAGGUCUUCUGUUGAUGGAAUACAGUUUUCUAAAGAUCACAACCAGGUUAUGGAAAACCAGCAUGCAUCAUCUUUUGUAAAUUCUUGCAAUGAUGGAGACAAGUUUUUCGGGAGAAAAGCUUCUAACGAGAAGCAAAUCUUGAUGAAGGAUGGAACUGGUGAUCAACCAGGCAAUCGUGAAAGAGUUCCCAAAACAAGCAGUAAAAGGACUUCUAAUGCAGAAUACCUGCAGGAGAAACCUAAAAAUGCCAAGAGGAUGAAGGCUUCAAGUUCAGCUGAAACCUCUUUUGGAAAAGAGAAGGGUGCUCUUUCUUCAGAAAACUUGUGCUAUUUGUCUCCUGAAAGAUAUAGGCACUUGGAGCAGAAGAUAAAGAUGACCAAUAAUCAGCAAAAAGAUGAGAAAAGCGAAGCUGAUUUACUGGAAGGAAGCCUUUUGGAGCAUGCUAGAUCUGCUGCAUCUGGAAGCACUGAUAGGGUGCAGAGUAGUCCAGAUUUUAGAGAUGCUGCCAAUUUAGCUGUGGAACAAUCAAGCCGAAAAGUUGCUGAUUCCAGCAGGAGAAAGAAAACUUUGGAUGUUGAGAAACCGGCUAAAUAUGCUGAAAGUUUUGGAAGAGCUAAUAAACCUCUGCAAACUGUGUGUGGCCCAACAGACUCUGAUGCAUCUACUCUGAAAAACAGUUCUUUGGACAGAAUUUCAACUGUAAAGGGAAAGCCUGAUGAAAAUAGUGAUAGCCCCGAAAAACAUCGUGCUAAAAUUACCAAGGAAAUCUUUGUAGGAGAGAAAACAUUGUCUGCCCCGGACCAAAUCAAUCGGAAAUCUACUGAUGGUUAUAUAUCAGAUCUGCACAAUUCUGAUGUGAAUGGGAAAGGAAAUGUUCUUAGAAGAGAGCUUUCUGAUCUAGAAUUAGGCGAACUUUGUGAGCCUCUUACAGAAGUAAUGGGUGAAGAUAAAAGACAAUUUGAGAGAAACAACUCUUUCAAGAAAAUGGACAACAGGGCAACAGUUUCUGAAGCAAAUACUGCUGAUGUAAACAUGGGAAAAAGUGAUGUAAAUGCUUUCUCAGAAUCAAAGAGGCAAUCACCCAACAGAUUUAGAGAAGGCGUCAAUGGAAAGGUGUCAAAUGAUGGUCUAGAUUUGUCUAGAUCCCAGUCAAGAUUAGUGCAGGCCCAGUUUCGGCAAUCUUCAAGAAUGGAUGUUGCUGAAGACAAGUGUGUAGAAUCCGGUGGCAAAAAUGGGACAAGAACUGACCAGUUGCUUGGCUUAGAGAAUGAAGCUAGUGGUCCUAAGAAAUAUGCUUCCAGCAGAAUGCUAAAAGAUGACAAUAGACAUGACGGUUUGGUUGAUCGUAAAAUCGUUAAGGAGUCUAAAUCUCAAAAAUCAAAUGGAUUGAAGGGAUCUACAGAUAGAGGUAUUGAUGUUUCUAUGACAUAUAAUAACACUGAAAGCAGCAGGAAAAGCUUGGAAUCUUCUUCUGAUGAAGAGAACGCCCCUUACAUGAAAUAUGAAAAGGAUGCGCUAUGUCUUGGAGGCCCGAUUAAGGAUUUUUCGAUGUACAAAGAUUAUGUGCGAGUGUUUCAGGAAAGAUAUAGUCAUUACUGCUCCUUGAACAAGAAACUGGAGAAAACCCGGAAUGACUUUCUCAAAGUUGGGGAUGACAUUGAGCUUGCCAGAGGAAGGGACAUGGAAGAAUACUACAAACUUGUGGAAAAACUUAGACAAAUGUACCAUCAACGGGGAGAGAGACAUAAGGAAAUGAAGAAGAUUUUCAUCUUGUUGCAUGAUGAGUUGAAGACAUUAAAACAGAGAAUUAAGGAUUUUGCUGCGGCACAUUCAGGAGAAUGACAAGUACUCGAGUUCUUUUCAAGAAGCGUCUGGAUCUCUAGAAGCUGGGUUUGCUAUGAAACCAGUUGUGUAUAUUACAUAAAAAAUAUCAAAGCCUUCCAAAGAAAGAGUAGAUAGUGAUAUCCAUCCAUGGCUCUUCUUGUUCACCAUUGUUAGAGCUUCAAGGCCACCAGAAUUACGUCUGCGGUGUUCCCUAUGAGCAGUUUCUCUUUGGACUGCAGGCGAAGGUUUCCUUCCAGUUUUGUACCGAGAAAAUUUUGAGGUUAAGUCAUUGUGAUGGAGAAGAAGGAGAAAAAUCAGAUUUGUUUUUGUAAAGGUUGGUUGCUGGUACAGCGUUUCAAAAUGUAAAUUAUUUGAUAAUUAACAGCUAACGAUUCAAUUGAAAAUAAAAUUAUUUGUAAUUAUUGGAUUUGUUUAGUGGGAGAGAUGUAGGCCACUUGGGCCUAUGGUUUUUAAAUUUUCUUUGUAAGAAGAGCAUGUUAUUUUUUUUUU